CAAAUUACAUGCAGUACUCUUACGUAUACCAUCUAAGAGAGCAGUGGUACAAUUAAUGGAGAUACUCUCCAUGAAACCAUUAAGGGCCCUAGUAAUUUUGCUGGUAAUUCUGUGCACUAGCAACACGGUUUUUGCACAGCGUGUGAUUCAGACUCUGCCUGGUUUGCCCGACAAACUACCAAACAAACUUGAGACAGGGUAUAUCGGCGUCGGAGAAGAUGAGGAGGUGCAACUUUUCUACUUCUUCUUUGAGUCGGAAGGCGACCCUGAAAAGGAUCCCUUCAUAUUUUGGAUCACUGGUGGACCUGGUUGCUCUGGUCUUUCCGUCAUUCUCAUGGAAAUUGGCACUUUUGUUAUCGAUUUUCCCAAUUGCACUGGGGGUCCAACGGCGUUGAAGCUGAACGAGUAUGCUUGGACAAAGUCGGCUAGCAUUCUGUUCAUAGAUCAACCCGCUGGUACUGGAUAUUCUUAUUCAAACACCCUCAAAGGUUACAUCACAAACGACACUUUGUCAACAAGACUUUCCUAUGACUUCCUUAGAAAGUGGCUUAUAAAGCACCCGCAGUAUCUAAAGAAUCCACUCUACAUUGUUGGCGAAUCUUACUCUGGCAUCACUCUUCCUCUUAUAGUCGAUGAAGUGUAUAAGGGUCUUGAAGCUGGGGAUAAGCCUACAUUGAAUAUCAAAGGCUAUGCAUUGGGAAAUCCUAUUACAGAUUUAUAUCAGGACAUUAAUGAAAGAGUACCAUAUGCUCAUGGAAUGGGCCUCCUAUCCGAGAAAUUAUAUCAGUCAGCAAAAGUUCAUUGUCAUGGGAAUUAUAAAAAUGCAGAUCCGACGAACACUAUAUGUGUAAAUGAUCUCGAAAAGAUAAAUCAGUGUCUCGCCAAAAUAUACCAGCCCCACAUCUUAGAACCAUGGUGCGACGAGGCACUAUGGGCACCAAAGAGACGCGAUGUUAUGUCGUUGUAUCCAUCUUCUGUUGAUGAAAUAGCAUUAGAUUUCAUACAACCCGUUGUUACUCGUAAGAAAAAAGAAUGGUGUCGGGAAGAUAAUGCUUUUCUUUCCCAUUCAUGGGCAAAUGAUAAGGCUGUGCAGAAGGCUCUUAAUGUUCGUGAGGGAACACAAUGGGUAAGAUGCAACCAAACCCUUAGACAUAGCAAGCCUGGUCCAAGUGGAAAAAUUCCUUAUAUUAAAGAUGUUCCAAGUACAAUAGGCUAUCACAAAAAGUUCACACAGACAAAUGCCCGAGUUUUGAUUUUCAGCGGUGAUCACGACUUGGUGGCUCCUCAUACAUCCACGGAGAAAUGGAUAGAAUCUCUUAAAGUGCCGAUUAAAAGUGAUUGGAGACCUUGGUUUGUUGACGACCAAAUUGGAGGAUACACAAUGCAGUAUGCACAAGGGAACUAUGAACUGACAUAUGCCACUAUAAAGGGAAGUGGUCACACAAAUCCUGAAUUCAGACCCAAGGAAAGCUUUGCUCUGUUCGAUAGAUGGAUUCGUGAAAUCGAGCUCUAAAUUGACACUUUUUCAAAAGUAAUAUCAAGAUGGUGAACGUCUACAUCGAACAUCAACUUAUGGAGUUGUCUGAUACCACUGAAAAAGCAGCACUACAUGUGAGGGGAGGUUCCAAAUAUGAGAAGAAGAAAUAUAAUGCAGACAAAAGAACUCAAUAUUAUGGACACUGUGACAGAACAUCGCAGAAACUUGCUUGAAGCUCCAUGGGAUACCUGAUUGGUACAAGGAGUUGAUAGACAAGCCAAAACGAGAUGUAGGACUUGCCAGAGGAUUUGCAGUGGAUGAUGGAAAUAGGAAAGGAACUUUGUCUGAUACUAAGGAAGAGUUGGAUACAUGAAUUGAUCAAACUCAUAAAGAACAAUGUACAACUUGAUCAAUCAUAAGGAAACUUUGGACAUGUGGAUGACUUUCUAGUUAUGAAUGAUUUUUUUUCUGGCUGUGGAGCUAAUAUUUUAACCUCCUAGAUAUGGACAGGGGGGUUACAAAUGACAUGUGUGCUAACUCUUGCAUUCA